UAGCGGCAGAGCAGCACCACAGCCGUGCUACUCUUUAGUGAAAAGUUAGGAUACACUUAUCAUUACUGAGUUGUACCUGUUUUAUCAUCGACAAAAGGUGGAGGAGACUAACCUAUUAUUGAUGUUUUUUGUUCUUUGACCAGAAACCCUCCUUUUGGAGAAAGUGAUUUAUUCUUAGCAGACUUCUGACUUCUGCUCCUUGGCGUCACAGCUUUUCUCUCCUCAAGGAUUUAUACCACGCAGGCAGAAUAUCAAGGUGUUUCACGGACUACUCCAAUCACAUUUCUCUCUGCGGGCUUUGGGGAUUGCACAGAGAACAUUAAGGAUCCACAUUUGUCCUCACAGCCAGGAUGAUGAUUUGUUGCCUCCAAACUCUGCUGUUGUUUGGGGCUCAGCUGGUUUUCUCAAUCCCAAACAGCUUCUUCUACCAUGACUUCCUCAAUGGAAAUGGCAACAAAGAAAUUCAUUUCAGUGGCGUAAAGCUCCAUGUGGACUCUGCUCAGCCAUCAGUGUUUGCAGUCACAGGGGGAAAUGCCACCAUGCCAUGCAGUUUUUGGUAUGAGCCUGAGUUGAGCUCGCCAAGGGAUAUCCGGGUCAAGUGGUCCUGGCUCCCGACUGCUGCUGGGGGACAGGAGACAGACGUGCUGGUGGCUAUCGGCUCCCGCAGUCGAACUUUUGGGGACUUCAGGGGUCGUGUGCAGCUCAGACAGGAUUUCCCAGGAGAUGCUGCACUUGUGAUGACUAAACUCCUGUUGAAUGAUGCAGGCCGUUACCACUGCGAGGUGGUGGACGGACUGGAGGACAAGAGCACUUCAGUUUAUCUGGAGCUACAAGGUGUGGUGUUCCCGUACCAGCACCCUCGUGGUCAUUACUAUCUCAGCUUCUUGGGAGCCCAGCAGGCCUGUGAGGAGCAGGGCUCGAUCCUGGCCACCUUCACGCAGCUCUUCCAGUCGUGGAAGGAGGGCCUGAACUGGUGCAAUGCAGGCUGGCUGGCUGACGGGACAGUCCAGUACCCCAUCACCCAGCCCAGAGUGCCCUGCGGGGGGCACGGCCUCGCCCCGGGUGUCCGGAGCUACGGCAGACGACACCUUCACCUUCAUCGCUACGAUGUCUUCUGCUUCUCCUCUUCACUCCGAGGGAAAGUCUACUAUCUUAAGCCCUCUCACAAGAUGAACCUGACUGAGGCUCAACAGGCAUGUCAGAAGGACGGAGCAGAGAUCGCCAAGGUGGGACAGCUCUACGCCGCCUGGAAACUCACAGGGCUGGACAGCUGCGACGCUGGCUGGCUGGCUGAUGGAAGUGUUCGGUAUCCCAUCACAAGGCCACGAAGAAACUGUGGCCCCUCUGAGCCCGGGGUGCGCAGCUUUGGCUUCCCACCUCCCCAGCACAAGCAUGGAGUCUACUGCUACAAGGCAGUUGAUGAAUGAAUGAAUGUAGAUCCCCCUCUUCUCUGGGGUCAGAAAUGUAAAGGUUUCUUAAAAAUAUGUUUCUUUAUGAGCAAGCUGCUUCAUUAGUACUGUGUAAACCCUGGAAACCUAUAUAGCGACAAUAGAGAUCUGAGGGGUCCUGAGAUGAUUAACAGAAGAGGAAAGCAGCCAAAAAAGUGUUUAAACAAAAUGAUAUUUACUUUUUCAGGCAUUCCACUAUUUAUUUUCUUGUGAUUUUCUUGGAUCAUUUUAUAUACUCAUGCCUUUAAACUUUUCAGGUAACAUGGAGAAAAAACUCCUUUUCAUUCAGUCUUUGUUUAAACAAGUUAGAGUGUGUUGAUGGGUCACGGGUAGAUACAGCUUACAAGUAACAAGUGAAGAAGGUUGGGAACCACUGGUGUAAAACCUUAGGUUUUUUUUCUGUUUUAUCUACAUCUCACUGUAAUUUUUUCUUCUGUGAUUUUCUAUUUUUGUACAUGUGAGCAAAGCCUUUACUAUGAUGUCUCAGUUAAUGCUAUUAAGCAUUAAUAAUAUUAAAGCUAUUCAAAUUAUUCUAUUCGCCGAUGAAGGCCAAGACAUGAUUCAGAAAAAGUUGGACAUUGAGUUAAGAUUUGCUUCUCAGUUCUACUGUAUAACCAUGUAACUCAGGAGAUUUUCACAUCACUUACUUUUUACAUCAUUGGAAUUAAAUUAUUUUAAUAACACA